AUGCCUCCCCACAAGAAACAGCGUAUCGACGCCGGAAAAUCGGACGCGGACCUAUUGGCCCUAGUGUCCCGUCCUACGACCAAGGCAGCGAUCGAGGCCGCCAGUGAAGCACUGUCCGUCGCCGAAACUAGAAGAUUGAAGAAAAUCUCUCGCCGAGGUCGCCUCCAAUCUCUCCCGGAUCUCUCACUGGACAUAUGCAACUACUUGGAUCUCAAAGAUUUGCUCAAUCUGGGGCGCACGUCCAAGAACUUUCGCGCCUUCUUGCUUGACAAGGCGAACGAGAGGAAGCUGUGGGUGCCCGCGCUUGCGAACACGCCCGGCAUCCCCGUUCGGCCCCCUUUUAUGAGCAUGCCCGCGUUCGCUCACCUGCUCUACUCUCCGCAUUGUCACAACUGCGGGGAAUCGAAGGUUCGGGACAUCGUAUAUAACUGUUUCACUCGUUUGUGCUGGGAUUGCUUCUGUUCAACGACCACGCGGCCUGACUGGGCUGCAUCCGACGCAGAUAUGAUCGACAGCAGCGGCACGCUCUCCCGUGUCAUUUUCGACAAUGGCAAUCGCGAGCUGUACCGCUUUCGGGACGACUUCGUCGACCGCGUUUUCAAGGAAUUCGCGGCUCUACCGACCCCUGUGACGUUGGAGGCUGUGGCUGCGUUGGCAGAGAAAGCAAGAGCAACGCACAGGGCCGCGCUGCCGUACGCUCAUGAUCUGCACGUCUGGAUGAAAGCUCAAGAAAAGGAGAGAUUGGCAGGCAUAGAAGCUAUCAGGAAACGGCGUUACGAAGCCAUUAUUUCCAGACUGCAAGAGGCGGGCUGGAAGACGGAGAUCGAUCUGAUGGACGCUAGGAAACUGCAUAGGCAAGCAUUGCGCACUAUCCCUUCCUCAUGGCCGAAAGCGAAGAUCGCACUGGACGAGUACAUGAAAGGCGUGCAAGAAAGGCGUCUAGACUGGGAAUACCGGAUCCUGCUCAAGACACGCAUCGACGCCCUCGAGAAGGCUCUGGUCGCGCACUACGUGACCCUGCCACGCACCGCCAGAAUGGACUAUCGACCACAGUACAUUGACCUUGCGCUCACGCCCGAGUGCCGCGCAAUCCUCGACAUGCCCGCGUCGGAAACGGUCAUAGUCGAACAGUUCGCCGUCAUCAUCCCUGCGCUCGCGCAGAAGUGGGAUGCGGACUGCAGGAAGGCGCUCACGGACUACCUCCUUCCGUACCUCGGCGACAUUCCUGUGGACGUGGACCCGCUCGGUCUAGCGAUAUCGUUCUUCAGCUGCGGCCCUUCAAUGCCGUUCAGGAAUUUCUGGAACCUGCGGUAUCCCACGGCUUUCAAGCACCGCUGUUUUCACGGUGACUGUUUCCGACGCCCAAGACGGUACACCAUCAGAAUGUUCUUUGAGGACCACGUAUACACCCGCACGGUGAAGUCCCUGCACUGGACUGAAUAUGAACUUGAACGACAACUCGAGUCGAAGCCUUAUGACGACCUCCAUAUCUACGUCCCGUGGUACCUCAGGACGACAGCGGAUCACGACAGAGCCUGUACGGUGGUGGACAUAAUGCGGCGGAUCGUCUCUGCGUCGGGGCUCGAUCCGGUGCGGGCAACAUUCGAAGACUUAGUGCAGAGCGAUGUAUGGCUGCGAUGCGCAACGUGCGAGACGAAACACCCGUAUAACGAGAUCUUUGCAAGGUCAUGGAAAGGCGCGUAUAUGCAUGAGCGGGAACAUGUCACGACCGGACGCCCAAGCACGAGGAUGGUUCCUGAAUGGAAACAAGCCGACGACGACGAUAUGAUCAAGGUGCGCGCAUUCAAAGAGGCGGAAUCAUGGGAUGCGGAUUUCGGCUUUGAUGGAUGGGCGUGCUCGCUCUGCCCCACCUUCAAUGCGACCGUGGAAGCGAUGACAACUCAUUUGGAAACGAUGCAUGCCAUCCCAGAUAUAUACCAGGCAAGGCGGGAUGGGGUCGUCUAUCACCCGCAGGUCGACAGGUCUUUCGUAUACGCAGAUUCGGUCUCCCUUGGCAAAAGCAUCUCGCCAGAGGCCAUCCAAGACAGUGGCACACAUUGA